AGAGAGCGAGAGUGAUCUGAUUGUCUUCCGCUGGAUACAAAUGGGUGCUACCUAUCUUACCAGUCAAGAGUUUCUUCCAGUGACAGAUGAUGGUUUUGAGGGUCCCAUAGGUAUAUCCACAGGGUUUCCCUUUGGGGGUUCCAUACAAACCCAAGUCUUUGUUGGAACGAACGGAUUGAUUUCCUUUGGGACUGGGUACAACAGCUUUUCCAACCAGGCAUUCCCGGGAAAUGCUGCCAUACAAGACCGCUAUCUUGUGGCUCCUUUCUGGGACGAUGUGGACAUCCGAUUCGACACAGGAGACAUAUCUUAUGAGAUACAUGAGUCUGGGUAUUUCUUAGACCAGGUGAAUAAUUUCAUACGACGCAGCAGACCGACUGACUUUGUGGGAACAUGGAUGAUGGUGGUUUACUAUGACAAAGUGCACCCAUACUUUGGCCUCUUUAACUCUGAGGAGAAUACAUUUCAAGCCAUACUGAUCACAGAUGGAAGUUACUCAUACACAAUUUUCACUUACCAAUGUGGCCUAAUGGAAUGGGAUAAUGGAGCAACCAUAGGAUUCAAUGCAGCUGGUGAAAUGUUUGCCAAUCACAACCCAAGCAGCUCGGAUGUGGCCUGUCUUAACUCUCCAGACAGUGCCUGGAGCAAUGUGAUAUACCGACUCAGCAAUGGAACAAGCGAACUUCCACCACCAAUUCUCUAUACCUACUUGUCUUUCUUCCCUACAGCAAUGUGGAGCAUUUAAAUACCACUUUGGACACUACAAUGAUGUACAGUGGGUGGUAAGCUACAUUGAUGAACCACAGAACUACAACUGUGCAAUAUGGCACAGACCAAAGCAGAUCAUUGAUUCACUGUGGGCCCAAUCCAAAGCAGUGGGAUGGAAGAAGCAGACUACCAAUCCCCUUGAUAAU